GCCCCCAGCAGCAUGUCCCAGGCUUUGAGGCUACCUCUAGUCCUCCACACAGCACACUACCAUGAUCAGAUGGGCUGCUGGAGGGAGUAAGGCUGCCUCGUCCUGCUCCAGGACUGACUUUGGGGCUUAUUCUUGCUCUAGGACCAACCCCUCUACGCUGUUUCCCUCGUGGUCUUUGCCUCUCCUACUAGCCCUGGUAGCUCUCACCUUUACCCUACCCGGAGCAGCCUGCCACCAGCUCAGGAGAGACAGGCCGAGGCUCACCGUACAGCGAACCUACAGGGCUACGUUGAACAAUUUCGAAAGUGAGGCCGCCUACAAGCCCAGGGCCACGGAGGGCCCCUUGGGUCGGACUGGAGGGCCGCAGGGAAGGCAUGUGCGCAGUUACAAUCAUUUGCAAGGGGACAUACGGAGGAGGAAGCUUUUCUCUUUCCAAAAGUUUUUUUUGAGAAUCGACAAGAGCGGAAGGGUCAAUGGAACCAAGACCAAAGAUGACCCACUCAGUAUUUUGGAAGUCACAUCUGUGGACGUGGGGGUGGUGGCUAUCAAAGGGCUGCACAGUCACUACUAUCUGGCUAUCAGCAGGAGAGGAGAAUUGUACGGAGCAAGGGAGUUUGGCGUUGACUGCACACUGAAGGAGCGCAUCGAGGAGAACGGCUACAACACGUAUGCCUCAGCUAAGUGGAAGAACAAGAAACGGCAGAUGUUUGUAGGUCUGAACAUCCAUGGGAGGCCUGUGAGAGGGAAAAAAACACGCAGGAGGAACACGGCCACCCACUUCCUUCCAAUUAUGGCGUGAUGAGCCCGGGGAGUUAAGAUAAGGAGGUAAAAGGACACAAUGUGGCUACAUUGUCAAGAUUAAGACUUUGACUCAAGAAAUAAGGGACUAACAGUGACAAACAAAUAAAGAUGGUAUAUUUUAUUCAAAGGAGCAAGGUAUGUUCUUGUUUGCCGUAGCACAGGAUACAAUAUUUAUCCUUUUCUGUGCCAAAUAUCUGGAGAUCAAUGGCGAAUAUAGAGGCAGAUGUAUGGGUAAACUUAUCAUUAAAUA